AUGAAAAAAUUAAUUGGAGUUUCCCGAAGUGGUGACGAUGAUGAAUUUCAAAAACCAAAACCAAGACAAAAAAAGACUGUUGAUUUUCUUGAGACAGCGACACAUCAUGCUGUCUCUCAGGAAGAGGCUUCCAAAAUUACUGAUUUUUCUCAAUUAAUGAUAUCAAGAAGUUAUCAUUCGAAAGGUAAUUGUGAAACAGUGCUGGACGUUCCUCUGAUUGGAGAUGGAGAAUUCAAAAUGAAAGUUAAUAACAAAUCGUCACAUGCUGAUUACAUUGCAAACGUGACUUUUUCCUUUGGAAUGUAUAAAAUGGAUGAUGAUCAACCUUGUUGGAAUACCAUUAAUUCGGAAUCCAAAUCGAGCUCACAAUGUGGAUGUUACUUUGAAUAUAUAUUGAAAUCAUCCUCCGAAAAAGUAGAUUUGUUUGAAGAUCAAAAGUUAGAUUCUCUCAAUACUUCAUACUAUAUUCGAAUCAUUGUCAAAACCACUCAUUGCGUUGAGUUUGACAUUGAAGUUUGGCAGAAAGAGACGUUUAUCUAUCUAGAAAACCCUUUAAAAACACAACAUGACAUGCAUUGUCUCACUUAUCGAAUGUUAGGCUUGGGAGAAGAUGAUUUAGCAUCAUUCGACGAUGGAGAAUAUAAGAGCACAAAAUUUGUGAACACCAGCACUGAUCUCAAUCUUGAACCAGGUUCAUACUUUGCAAUUGUAAAGAGAAAUGAAUCGUCAAUUGUUCUAGAACAAAAGGACGAGUUCUCUCUUUGGUGUUCAUUUCAAGUUAAUGGAGUGGACAUUUCGUAUUGCGACGAAAUUUCUAAUUUUUGGUGCUCCAAGCCAUUCUUUAUUCCAACCAAGAGAGUUAUUUCUCUCACUGUUCAAGCUGGACAAUCAUCCACUAAUUUUGCUCUCGAAGGAGGAAACUAUGAUUUUUACUUUUUGAAAAGCUCAUCUGAGGAUGCAUUUAAAGUGUUUGAAUCUGAAGAAUGUCUCAAUAAUGGCUUAAUUCAUUUCUUGAAAGUCAUGCACGAUUCCUAUAGAGCACAGGAUUAUCAGUACGCCAAUUAUGUGUUCAAUUUCUUCCCAAGCGACAAGAGAAUACAUCACAUCAAAUCCAAAAUCGAGACUUUGUAUUUAGAGCCAUUGAAAAGAUUUGAGCUUUUAAAGAAAAAUGUGAACAAGGCAGUAGAGGUCAAAGAUUUAGAGGAAGUUAAGAGACUCAUCGAUAGAGAAAGCAACUACAAAGAUUGCAUUAAGGAAGGUCUCGUUCAUGCACGAUCGAAAAUGGAAAUUCUAAAAACUGAAAAGUUUGCCAUUGAUCAAAUCAUGAGACUACUCAAAAAGCAUGGCGAAGAAGUUGAAUCCAUCACAGUGAAUCCAUCAUUUCUCUCGGAUACUACCUUCUUGAGUCUUGAAAAAACACGACAACGUGAAAAGAAAGAUCGUAUUGUAUCCACCAUGCUAGAGUUGCCUGAUUUGUUUUCCAAAUCGACUGUUUGCUUUGCUCUCAACGUGUGGUACAAUGUGAUUGACAAGUUUUUCUCAAUGGUUUAUAGUUCAAAUUGUAAAGACGUGAUGGAAGUUAUUGACAUUGUUGAAAAUCAGAAGGAUUUAAACUUGGAGGGAUUAGAAGAUGGAUCUUUUAGAAAGUGGGCCAAAAUUCUUGACAUUGUGACAAAAGAUCAAAUGAACAUGUACUUGGAAAAGGUGAUGGACAAGAUUACUAAACUCACCUCGACCUUAAUUUCUACUUACAAAGAAAUUGAGACUAUCAAUGAUGAAAUUCAAGCUAAAUUUACAGAGACCCAAACCAUUGACAAUGCCUUGAACAGAAAAUUGGAAAAUGCAAUGAAACGACGAAGUCAAACCAUGUCUGACAUUAACAGUGAGGAAAUAUUCUUAAAGAAUCACCUAUUUCUCUACUUUGAAAAAUCACACAAAGAGUUUGGAAUUGAUGUUUUCAAUUGGGUAAUUCCCUCCGUUCACAAGCACAUGCAUUGUUAUUUGAAAGCAACAAAAGCAUUUUGUGAAAAAUUCAUGAAAAAACAUCAACCUGAGCUCAUCUCCUUGGUGUGCAAUCGUGAUUUGAACGGACUUUUAGUGUAUAUUGGCGACAACAAACACGAAAUGUUGGAAAAAGAUAUUGACAAGUAUACAUUUAUCCACGCUGAACUUUCUAAAACUCUUCCAAACUUUUCUUUACUUUCAUCACAUUUUGGAGAGAAGGAAAAACAAGCAUUCCAAAAUGAAUUAUCACAAGUGGCGUGGGUCGAUAGAAAAUUAUCAACUCUAGCCGAAGAAUAUCAUCCUGAAACUACUUUUGGAGUUGUUGAUUUGGAAUGGAGAGGAUCUGUCGAUGUGGAACCAUUGACCAAUUAUGAAAGCAUUCCAUACGAUAAGAUUUUAGAUACUAUCAAGAAUGAAAUGAAGUUAAUUAAUAGAACUUUGGACUUGAAAGACCCAUCUAUGAGAGAUGAAAAGAAUAAUCAUUCAUGUAUUGGCCAGCUUAUGAGAAAGAGAAUGAUUCCUGUUUUCAUGACUCUCUUCCUCGAGGACAUGAAACCAGAAUAUGAUUUAUGGACCUUCCUCGAAAAAAUAGCGAGCUAUGACACUGAGUUGGAGGAGGCCAUUCAAGCCACGAAUCAAUUCGUGUCGAAAAGAACCACUCUUCUCUCAUCCAAAAAGAAAGAUCACAUUCAUCGUGUGAAAUUCAAAUACUUUUUUACUGCCUUUAUCACGAAUGGAAAGAAUCCAGACUUUAUGCCAAAAAUUGUUUCAUCCUCUGUCCUGACCGAAACUCACAAACCUACUUACCUUCUGCAUAAUAAGAAUAAUCAAAAAGAGCUCCUUAAAUAUCUUGCGUUUUUUAAGACUUAUCCGAUGAAUCUCGAAUUAGAAAUUCCUCAUCUUGAAUAUGAUCCUAAAUAUUCCAAUGACAUGUAA